GCGCUCAGUUUCGAGCGACACUCGGACGGAGACGGAUCAUUCAGGCGGUUCAUAUUGCGGCGGUGGCUUUACCUCAGUAGUGCUUCGACGCGUGGUAUCUGCUGUGUUCAACAGUGUUUCGCGUUUUUGACUUUCGAAUAAUCGCUGAAAAAAAGGAGUAUCCGUAUUCGACAGUCGAUAGUAAACAGCGGGCCGAAGUGCAUGCGUGUUAUCGUUCUUAUUCAUUAGCGUACAUAUUAAUAAUUCAUAAGCAGUGAAUCGUCGUCCUUCUUCGAUUUCGGUAGGUGCUGUUGGGUGCUAUAUACCUACAUAGAAACAAGUGCUCUAACAAGUGCGCGUAGAAACAUAGAAAACAGAACAGCCAUGUCUUCGCAAGCGGCGCUACAAGAUGAUGAAAGAUUUGCUCUGAUGAAGUUUCGACGGCAGGUGGCAGAUGUGCUCAAACCCGAACACGAUGACUAUUAUCUGUUGCGAUGGCUACGAGCACGUUCGUGGAAUCCAGAUGCCGCCGAAAAAAUGUUGCGUGAGUCGAUGAAGUUCCGUGAGCGCUGGAACGCCGACGAGAUCGAUAAGUGGCCAACGCCGCAGAUUCUGAUCGACCUUGCGCCGCAUGGCGUGAGCGGUUUCGACCGGGAAGGUUCCCCAAUCAUCAUAAUCCCGUUCGCCGGGUUCGAUAUCUGGGGCCUGCUGCACACGGUCUCCCGAGCGGACAUCGUCCGCAUGACACUGCAGGCCCUGGAACACUACAUGAAGCUGGCCUACGAGCAGAGCCAAAAGAUGAACAACAACAACUGUCGAAAGUUUGUGGUUAUUUUUGAUAUGGAAAAUUUCAACCUGAAACAGUGGGUGUGGAGACCGGCAAGCGAGGUGAUCAUUUCGCUGAUCAAAAUGUACGAGGCAAACUAUCCAGAAAUUCUGAAGUGCUGCUACAUCAUCAACGCACCGAAAGUGUUCGCCUUCGCUUACAACAUGGUGAAGAACUUCCUCGGCGAGUACACCAUCGACAAGAUAAAAAUCUUCAAAUCAGACCGCAACAAGUGGCUGCCGGCGAUCCUGGACCGGUGCCCGGCGUCGGAGAUUCCAAAGUACUUCGGAGGAACGCAGACAGACGACGACGGAAAUCCCAAGUGCGAGAAGAAGCUUCGCUGGGGUGGAAAAGUGCCAAAGUCCAUGUACACCUCCAAGGAGGAUAGCUUUAACAACAAUCUUACCUUCAACGAGACUGAGAUCAAGAAGGGCGGCAAGCUGAAGCUGACGUUCGACUGCGAGGACAACGGUUGCUUCUUGAAAUGGGAAUUCCGUACCUUCGACCACGAUAUUAAAUUUGGAAUCAAAUGUGUGAACAAGAAGACCCAGGAAAGCGAAAUCGAGGUCCCGCUGAAGCGAGUAGCGUCACAUCAAGUGGAUGAAUCUGGGUUCAUCACAUGCCAACCGGGAUUCACCUAUUCCGUCCUGUUUGACAAUUCGUACAGCUAUUUCAAGACCAAGAAAAUCCGCUACUCGGUUCUGAUGACGACGCCGCUCAGUGAAGUUGAGCAAACGACCAGUGCAAUAGCCGUCACGGAGGAAGCAGCAGAAGCGACCGAGGACUAAGAUAAUAGGUUUAAAUCGUGAGCGAUAAUGUGAGCAACGGCAUUAUCAAGUUUCAAUUUAGUCAACAUCUGGAUCUAUCACUUUGUACAUAAUGGAUUUGAGUUUGAGCCAAUAGUUACUUAUAAGCUACAUAGUAGUAAUAGUUGUCUGGUGACCUGAGAAAUAAAUAAAGUGAACAAACUUUACCCGAACAAACUAUCGGGCCUGGCCCUGGACAGAUUUAGGUAUUUGAUGACACUGUUUUUGGUGGUAGACUGCUGUUUCGAUAUUUACACAAUGUCUGAUAGAUUUACAACAUAAAUUAAAUAAUUAGGCAUUUUCUUCACAUAGACUUAAAAGCUAGUGCAUAUGAUAUCUGUUUCGGUUUCUCAUCUCACAGCUCCUAUGUUUAUCCUAAUUACACAACUGGAUGCAAAUCUAUUGGAUUGUCAUUUGAAUUACUUUUAUGAGCUGUGAAAACGUAUGUUAAAAAAACCAACGAAUUUGAAAACGUCUUAUGUUGUUUCAUGGUAAGAUGGAUAUGGGAGCGAAAGAUGAAAAAUGGAACAGUUCCCUUACCUAGCCAACGGAUGUCAGUUUUUCUUGUAAUUCUGUAUAUGAAUCUGUCAAAAAUUGUAUUUAAAAAUUGUAUAUACGACAUUGCUAGAUUCCUACACGAAAAAUGUAACCUUCUUAUACGCUGCCGGUACUCGCAAUUUGUUACUUUUGAGUAAACCUCAUUUUUGUUUGUUCUAUUUCCGAUUAACAUGACAAUAAUAAAACUUUGUUCGGGUGACAUUGAGAAAAAAUAUAAAACCUAAUCCAUAUUCAAUGUACCCGAACGUAGGUCCGAUUAUAAGAAUUUACAUACCGUGAUAGCAAAAAUAAAUAUGUGUUAAUUAACCUAAUUAGUUUUACGAUGAUUUGUCAAAAAAGCAACAGUUCGGUAAACUUUCACCGAUAUCGCAAAUUGUUUUUAAAAGAUCUUUAAAAAGGUGCACAUGGAAGGUGUGAUUGAGAAAUUCAACGCAUGUUAUCUCGAUAUGCUAAAACCAAUUAGGGACUGACAUGAAAGUACUGGUAGUACAAAUAUUAUAAGAAAACCUUGGUCUUGUACAACGUUUGUAAUUAAGAAUCUAGCCUUUUCGUAUAUGUACAGUUUUUAUACAUAUAUUUGUAGAUUCUCAUAUAUUUUGUAGGUUUAUAUAUUUCAAUUCAGAAAUGUCUAGAAACGAAGAUAACUUUCCAACAGAAAAAUAAUGAACUGAAAAGGUACUUGUGAAAUAGACGAUUUGGUGUUCAAAAAGAUAGGCAUUCCAGAAAAAAACGUGGAGGGAUAGGGUGUGUAAUGAUUGAUGUAGAUUUUGCAUCCACAAAAAAUGAGCUAUCGAGAAUGAUGAAUAAAUAAAAUAGUUAAGACCUAGUGUCAUACCGGAAGUAAAUAAAGUUUCAAUACUUUCGUGA